AUGACAUCCUCGUACAUAUUUCUUCUUCUUCUAUUUCUCUCGGCAUAUGGUAAUUACCAUGAUCAAUGUUCAAUUCGAGAUUCUUGUUCAAAUUCAACGUUAAUCUCUCCAUCGAUCUACAAAACUGAACAGUUUAUUCAAUCCCGAAAUUGUUUUUGUGACUCGUAUUGUAAACAAUAUAAUGAUUGUUGUCAACAAUCAUUUACAACCUCUCCAAAGAAUUUCUACGAAUGUACGGAUUUUCUUUCGCCGACAUCGAACGAUAAACCAUUAACAUUUCAACCGAUAUCCGUUUGGAUGCGUACUCGCUGUUUGAGAAUCUAUCAUGGAACGCCCGCAGAUCUCAAUUGUCGAAAUCAUCAUGAUCAAACAUUUCAAACCAAUCCCUCCUUGUUCAUUCCUGUAACAAGUGUAGAAAGCAACAUUACUUAUCGGAAUUAUUUCUGUGCUUAUUGCAAUAAUGAGCUAGAUACGCAUAUACAAUACUGGAGAUACAUCGCGAUUUGCCGUGAAGAUUUGAAUAUAUCUUCUCACGAAGUAAUAUUGAAUAAGAACGAAGAUGUGAAUUAUUAUCUUAAUAAUCUAACAGGAAACUGUACGAAAUCAGUGGAUUAUCCACAAAUUUCGGGCCUAGAUCGACCUUCAGUCUUCAUUCGAGCUUGUAAAAAAGUUCUUCCAAGAACUUGUCCUAUUGGAACACCAACUGAACUGGCACAGAAAUGCUUGUUAGCUAGUAAUGCUUACCGCUAUGACAAUAACACACGUGUCACAUAUCCAAAUCAAUAUUGUGCAGAUUGUCAUCGCAAGUCUCCUACUCAAAUCACUUGUUUAGAUCCAACACCUCCUUCUGGAAGAAUACCCAGCAAACAAAGACUAUUUCCUCCAUUAUCUAUUCUCUUCAAUCCAGCUCUUCUUAAGAGAAACUUCCAUUCGAAUCUUUCAAAUGAAAUGAUCUACUCAGUAGCUUAUAAUUGCACAAAGUCGACUGAAUAUUAUCAUUUAUUUCAAAAGCAGUGCUUACCAUCACCAGAAUCUCAUCAACAAAUCCUUCUCUCCUUCAAAUGUGACCAUCCGGUUUUAACAUUGGACAAAUUUAUUCGAUUUCAUAAUGGAAGCUUGUAUUUAAUCAAUCAGUCGAUUUAUUUAACUAAACAUCAGUAUGCACUCCUGAACGAUCAUCAAGUUUUCUUCUGUGCCGAUCAGCGGAAAAGACUUCGACCAACAUUUCCAUUCUAUCGUCAUAUUUUAUCCAUGUUUUGCACAUCGAUCUCACUUUUCUUUCUCUUUUUAUUCAUGAUUGUAUUCCGUGCAAUUUCUUCUUUGCAUAAUCUUCCUGGUAAAUGUCUUCUAUGUCUGUCGAUUUCAAUAUUUCUUGGUCAAACGAUAUUUUUGAUGACAUCGGAUCUUCAUACGCUUAGUCUUCCUUGUUUAAUAUUCGGUAUUUUGAUUCAUUAUUUUUAUUUAUCUUCAUUCUUUUGGUUAUUUAUUAUCGCCAGUGGCAUCCAUUCAACAUUUCAUCAUCAACAACUUGGUUCACGAGAAAAGCUCCUAACGGAUAAUCAAUAUUUAUCGGUUUACAAUGUUCUCGUCUGGUGUUCAGCAGGAUUUGUCAUCCUUCUUGCUUGUCUAAUCCAAAUCUUCUCUCCACAGUCAAGUUUUUCGCCCAAUUACGGCUAUUCAUUUUGUUCGAUAUCUCAACCGAAAGCGUUAAUCACAUUUUUCCUUCUCCCGAUCGGUUGUUUACUUUUACUGAUCAUUAUUCUAUUUAUCAAAACAAUAUCUGCUAUUCAUGAUUCUCGCAAAGCGGCGAAACUCGCGAAUACGUCAUCCAAUGAUAGUUACGUGAUGAUUUACGCACGUUUAGCAUCACUGAUGGGCUUGCAAUGGAUUCUCUUGAUUAACGCAGUUGUUAUUCGACAGACGUGGGCGUGGAUUUUAUUUGAAGUGAUUAAUUCUCUUCCGGGAAUAUUCAUUUGUUUCGGUUUCCUCUGUUCACGCCGGGUUUGGAAGGAGAUGAAAGCAAAUCUUACGAAGAAGUCAGUUAGUAAAAGGAAAACAUCGAGUAGUCAAACUACAGCGAUAAGUUUAAUGGUACCUCUGACUCAACGUGACAAAUGA